GGCGGGGAAGAGGCCUGUGCGCACCCCUGACUCCACCUGGGCGCAUGGCUGUGGUCGCACCUCAGACUGGCGAGUGAUGGGGCGCCCGUUUGGAGGUUACGGAGUUCAGGGUCUGUGGCAGGUCGUUAGGUCGGGCCCCACGAGGGGAGGCGGCCCCCUGCCUUCGGCUCCUCCCCCGCCGCCCUGCCCCGCCCCUCGCGGGAGGGGACCGGGGGCGGGGACCGCGGGGAAGGCGCGGACCGGCCGGGCCAGGUGCAGCGCCCGCGUGUCUGGGGGCCGCUGCGGCUCCGAGGAGUGUUCGGGCCCCAGCCCGCUUGUGCCACGUCCCUGCGCCCUCUGGACUGGACGCCUAGGACCCUCGGAGCCAGGGAAGAGGCCCUGGCACCGGCUGGCCAGAGGCACUGCAGGCCAUGUCAGAACUUUGAGCGAGGCGUGGUGACGGGGAGCGGCCGUCACCCACUGACCUUCCCCACCCGGCCCCAGGAUGCUGAGCGUGAAGCUCCCCAGGCUGUUCAGCAUAGAGCAGAUGCCCCAGGGUCAAAUUUCCUUCCUUUUUGACUGGAGAAGGAUGAGUGUUACUUCAUGGUGGGAAGUUUCAUCUGGAGGAUGUCACAGAGGGAGGCCAGAGCUCGCUUCCACUCAGCUGACUGCCAAGUACUCGGGAUCUUGCCCAGAAAGAUAAAUGCUGAUGACCUCAGCAGCAUGAAUGGAAGAUUAAGAGGAGACAGACUGCCAGGCCCUCUCCCUGAAAGCCUGUGAAGCUGGGUGAUUCCAGCAGGCGGCAUUGGGGGACAAUCAGAAGUGAUGCAGAGCUGUUUGGUGGGAAGAGCUGAGCAAUGCGGCAGAUGCCACCUCGGUGCCUCUUCACAGGGUGGCGCAUGCAUACCCUGGUGUCUCCAGAUUUCCUCUUCUUAUGAGGACCCCAGGCAGAUUGGCUUGGGACCCGCGCUAAUGGCUGCAUCUUCACCUAAGCACAUCUUUAAAGACCCUGUCUGCCAACAGUCACAUUCUGAGGUGUUCCAUGAGCAGGGCAUCCUCUUUGGCUACCGACAUCCACAGAGUUCCGCCACUGCCUGUGUCCUCAGCCUUUUCCAAAUGACCAAUGAGACUCUCAACAUCUGGACUCACUUGCUACCCUUCUGGUUCUUCGCGUGGAGGUUUGUGACCGUACUGUAUGUGACAGACAUCCAGAAUGACAGCUACUCCUGGCCUCUGCUUGUGUACAUGGGCACCAGCUGCGUGUACCCCCUUGCGUCUAGCUGUGCGCACACCUUCAGCUCCAUGUCCAGGAACGCCCGGCACAUCUGCUACUUCCUGGACUACGGUGCCGUCAACCUCUUUGGCCUGGGCUCAGCCAUCGCCUACUCGGCCUAUACGUUUCCUGAUGCGCUGGUGCGUACCACCUUCCACGACUACUAUGUGACCCUGGCUGUGCUGAACACCAUCAUCAGCACCAGCCUCUCCUGCUACUCCAGGUUUCUUGAAAUCCAGAAGCCCAGGCUCUAUAAGAUGCUUCGCGUCCUCGCCUUUGCGUAUCCCUACCUCUGGGACUCCGUUCCCAUCUUCUACAGGCUGUUCCUGUUCCCUGGGGAGAGCGCACAGAACGAAGCCACCUUGUACCACCAGAAGCACACGGCCAUAACCCUCCUGGCCUCUUUCUUCUACUCUGCGCACCUGCCGGAGCGCCUGGCCCCUGGACGCUUCGACUACAUCGGUCACAGUCAUCAGCUGUUCCACGUGUGUGUGAUCCUGGCCACGCACGUGCAGAUGGAAGCCAUACUUCUGGACAAGACUCUGAGACAGGAGUGGCUCCUGGUCAACUCCAGGCCCCUGUCUUUCCCUCAGAUCGCUGGAGCCAUACUUCUGUGCCUUGUCUUCAGCCUUGGCAACAUAAUUUAUUUCUCAGCUGCUCUGUAUCGGAUUCCUGAGCCAGAAUUACAUAAAAAAGAAACGUGAUUCAGACCAUAAGCUUUUCGAGCUCCAUGUCAGCAUUAAGCUACAAUGCCCAAACCACCUAAGCUGGUGGCAUGGUACCAAUUUGCAGUGGCCUAAAAUAUUCAUAACGGUUGGUGUCUUGGCAUUUUUGAGUGGGUUCGUGUCAAUAAGGUAUUUAACUGGGGAACUUUCUCUCGAUGUGCACUGAUUCUGUGUGUGUGAUUUCCUAAGAGGAACAUGGAUUCAAGUAAGUCCUCAUUCAGGCAAAUUAUUAAUACUUCAUUAAGUUUUAAAUUUAUUUAAAGUGGGUUUUUCAGUUCUAUUUGAACAUUGGAUUAAGCGCACUACCCUUGUAGAUUUACUAUUAAACAGAUGGAUUAAGCCUUACUGAUACCCUUGCAGUAUGGCUCUUUGAAAAAUGGAACUUGCUUCAUUUGGUGAGUUUCAAGUAGCAAAAUCUCUCCUGAGAGCUCCUGCAGUGGGAGGAGAAUGAGUCAGAAAGGUCAGUGCGGGGAACCCGAGACAGACGAUGUUGGGUCUGUGGGAGCCCUGGGACUGGGAAGGCAUUCCAGAAGGAGGAGACCUGGCUUGGGCAGGGGUCUUCUUCCUUUCCUCACCUUGUGAAGGGAAGGAAUAGAAAGAGAGUCCUCUUUUCCCGCAAGUCCAUUUUGCUUCAAAGUGCCAUUUCCCAUGUCAUUGUGGAUUUGGAUUUCCUUUAAAGCCCACAGCCUAUGAGUGGGUGUCAUCAUUUCUGUUUUGCUCUGUUUUCUUGUUGCCAGUUAGAUGCUGCAAAGUAUUAUGCAGUGCAGGUAAAAGGUGUUACACUGUGGGAGUUGGCUGAGUUAAUCCGGGUUGGUUGUGCUUGUCUCUCACCUUUUAAACCAAUGCCAGUGCUGUAUUUGGGGAUGUCAUACAUUUGAUGUUGCUUCAGCAUUUUAGAUAUGCUGCAAAAUGGAGUGUUCGUGUGCAGAGGACGCUAAAGGCCUUGCCAAAGUGUUGUCCAAAUGUAGUGAUUCUCAAGCUUUACAGUGAAUCAGAAACACUUGGUGAGCUUGUGACAAAUGCAGAUUUGUGGGGCAAACCAGGAGAUUCCGCUGUACUGGUUGAAUGUAGGUUUCCUGGAGGAGAUUUGCCUGGGAGCAGGUCCGCAGCUCAUUCUAACGCAGAAGGGCCACAGGCCAAACUUGAAGAAAUGCUGGUGUCAUGAAUUCCAGCAGACUCUGGGCCUAUCAGCUUUUGUUCUGAUUGAUCUAAUGAUCAGCAACUCACCACCUGAGGAUGUGUCCCCUGCUUUCUGCUCUGCAUAGUACUUAACACUGAGCAUUUUCUCAUCUGUUGCAUUACUAAUUAAAGUUCAGUAUUUCAUGGUGUUUCCAGGGAGUACAGAAAUGCUGACACAAAACAGUUUUUAACAGAGGCCCAUCCACCCCUGAUCUGCACUUGCUAAUGACUUUGGGGGCCAUCCAUCACAAUGCAGGCUCCUCUUGGCUGACUCAGGAACACCCCCAUAUCUUAGAAUACUGACUCCAUGGUUAACUGGCCCAGACACUUGAAUGGCCUUGUAAACAGUUUAUCAUCCAAUCCUCUGAGGACAAGUAACAAUUUAUAUUGGAUGAGAGUAGUCAAGAAAUAUGAUUUCAUUAGUUUUAUUACCUGUUUACUUCCUCUGGGGAAGGUAGACUGAUAAAAUUAUAUGGGCUGGUAAAUUUUGGGGACAUUAAUUGCAAGCUGCAUGACAAAAUUUGUUUUUUUGGCAAGAAUCUGACGUCGUUAAUGGAAUUUUACUCCAGCAGGGUCUGUGGACUUCCAUUUCAUCUUUUUGUACUUCAUUUUUAUGGUGAAAAAGGUACAGUUUAAAUUCCCUAUUCUAGUAAUGCCAAAGACAUGAAGGCUUUUAAAUUCUCUUGUUUAUAAAAGAGUAAAAUAAUGUUCUUCGUUUGUCUUAGAAAUACUUGAAAGAUAAUGGGUGAUUAAUUUGAAGGACUUUAGAUUAUUUAAUCUUUGGUUAUGCUGUUUUUUCUUCAUGCUUAAUGGUGAAAAUGAAACAUUAAGUCAACAAAAUAAGACCCUUUCAUAAUGUUUGUAUAAGUUUGGUAAACUUAGUCCCAUUGUAUACUUUUGGAUAGUGUUACAAAUUAAAACUUUAUAACAGUUUGCAGUACA